AUGGGUAUCAUACACGCCAACAAUCGAGAGUCUGGGGCAUUGGACCCAGUGCCAAUUCUUUCACAAGAUGGUCCGAAUCAAGACGACGCUCGCCCAACCGUAGCUCACGACGAGGUCUUUGGCGAUAUCACAGAAGAUGGACCCAACUACCGCGAUGUUGGUUGGCUAGGCACUUCUGCACUCAUGAUGAAGACCCAAAUCGGACUGGGCAUCCUCUCGAUCCCGUCGGCGUUUCACACUCUGGGUCUCGUCCCCGGCCUCAUAUGUCUGCUCGUCAUUGGAGGCAUCACCACUUGGUCUGACUAUAUUAUUGGGACAUUCAAACUUAACCACCGCGAGGUGUACGGUAUUGACGAUGCAGGCGGUAUCUUGUUUGGGCGCUUCGGACGAGAGGUGCUUGGGAUCAGCUUUUCUUUGUUGGCCGCAAUAAUCGUCUUUCUAUGUGCUAGCAUCCGCACCCUGGGUCGCAUAAGUUGGCUUGCAUGGGUGGGAGUGAUCUCUCUCCUGGCAGGCGUCUAUGUCGUUACCAUAGCCGUCAGCAUCCAAGACCGACCCUCAGCAGCUCCAAAGAUAAAUCUCCAACACGAAUGGAAGUCCGACUACCAGCUGUAUGGAAAGCCGAGCUUCACGGAAGCAAUGUCGGCUCUCUCGACAAUGGUCUUUGCCUAUGCUGGCACACCCCUGUUUUUCCCUAUUGCUGCAGAGAUGCGCGACCCUCGCCAUUAUACCAAAGCGAUGCUGCUCUGCCAGUCCGUUGCGACGGCGACAUAUAUCAUUGUGGGAGUUAUCAUCUACUAUUACUGUGGCUCCUAUGUUGCCUCGCCUGCUCUGGGUUCCGCUGGCAAGACUAUUAAGCAAGUUGCUUACGGCCUUGCUUUGCCAGGUCUGAUUGUUGGUGCAACCAUCAAUGCUCAUGAGUACUGUCAGAGUGAUCGGUCUUAUAAGCAAAUCGAGUCAGAUUAUCGGAGCAGAGAUAUUAUAUUCGAGGGGAUCCAAUUUAAUGAGGUCAUGUCUCUCACCUGGCGCAUCUCAGUCAACGGGGAGACUGAUAGCCCUGAAGACUAUCUCUCAACUGCCUUGGGCGUCAUCUUCCCCGACGAUAUCACGAAUCAGCAUGGCGAUGAUGAACACAACCUCUCAUAUGCCUCACCUCAUCUCCCCAAGUCCCUUGUUAUCGACCUCGCCGACCCUGUAAAGGAGGAUCACCGCAAGCUGUUCUCACACUACCUCUGGAAUUCUUCCCUCCUGCUCGCAGAGUUCAUCGAGGCCGACUCUCUCAGCAUUCCUCUUGAGAACCCUCGUGAGGCACAGGAUACCAUUUCAUUCAACGUGAAGGGGUUGGAGACUCUUGAGCUCGGAGCCGGAACCGCGUUACCGAGUAUCAUGGGUGGCCUGCUAGGCGCAAAGCGCGUCGUUGCCACAGACUAUCCAGCUGAGCCCGUCCUCAAAACCCUUCGCACCAACGUCGCUCGCAACAUCCAACCCUCUCUAUCACCCGCUGGCGCUGAGGCAACUCCCUCCUCUGCAGUCUCCGUCCAGGGCCAUUCCUGGGGUGAGCUCGAUGACACUUUCAGCACAUCAGCUGCUCACUCGUUCGACCGUGUCAUUGCCGCCGAUUGUCUCUGGAUGCCUUGGCAACACCAGAACCUUCACCGCUCCAUCGCCCACUUUCUCAAGCAAAUCCCUGAGGCUAGGUGUUGGGUUGUCGCUGGUUUCCAUACUGGUCGAACAAAGAUGAGCGGGUUUUUUGAUGCAGCGGCGCUUCAGAAGUUCGGACUCGAGGUUGAGAGGAUCUGGGAGAGAGACUGCAACGGCGAGGAGAGGCCAUGGGAUACUGAACGUGAGGACGAUGUUACGGUGCGCAAGAGGUGGCUCGUCGUCGCUUCGCUGAAGUGGAUUUCAACCUCAUGA